AGUUCAAUGACGGGCGGGACUUUGUUGUGAGAGAGGAUGUAUUUGUCUGCAUUGAUCAGUGUUUUCAUUUUCAGAAAGGGGACCUGAAGGGAAUGUUGUUAAUGCAGAUGUUCAGGUAGUUUACUUCUGAGUUCCUUUAGGCCUUUAAUCGGGAACUUGAACGACGAAGUUCCGCUUGAUAAGCAGCGUGUAUUUAUUUACUAUUCACCAUUUGACUAUUGGGUUGAGUUAAUGCGCAGACUGUGGGAUCCUUUUCAAAUGAGGAUUUUUUUAGUCAUCUGUAUUGAUGUUUUUUGUACAAAGUGCGUUGGUUCAGAUGAUUUCUUAAUAUCGUUUAAUGUGGCUGACAACAGGGAACGUUCACUAACUAUUCGUCUGUCUCGUUUAUAGCUGACCCUCACUGGAAUUUUGUUGACUUGUAAUAGAAAUGCACAACUGAAGGCCUUUUGGGAUCAAACUAUUUCAUCUGUCAUGGAAUCUUUGCAAAUGGCAAUAUUAAUCACAAACUGAAAAUGACCAAACAGUAUUGAGGGAGGAGAAGCUGCAUUGCUUUUCAGUGUGAGCAGAAUUGGGCAACUACCAUGGUAACACUAAUAACUGAAAAGCUGCAAAACCAAAGCUUGGAUGACAUUGCAUGCAGAGCCUACAACAUUAAUCUGCGCUCACCUGAGAAACUGAAUAAAAGCAGUGGUCUGUUUUCUUACAACAUUCAUGAUAGCCAAUGGGGAAUGCUCAACAAGACUUGCCCACUCCGAUCAGAUCUAACCAAAAAUAUAGCUUUCCCUUUCAUCUGUCCAUUCAGAAAGGAGACUGUAGACAAUAUAGGAUUACAGUGGCAACACCCAGAUGUGGCAAACUCGUCUGUGGUAUCAGAGUUGAUCCGCGAACUAAACCUAAAUGAGAACAUCGGGCAGCCUCUAGCUCCACCUACUAAGCGACACUGCAGGUCAUUGUCAGAGCCAGAUGAACUGUCACGCUGUCGGUCACCUUGGAAGCCUAGCAGUUCUAAAGUUUGGACCCCUAUAUCAAAGAGACGAUGCAACAGUGGUGGCAGUGCCACCUUGCAGCGAUGCAAUAGUCAUGGCAGUGCCACACUGCAUCGAACACAAAAUGCACUUUCUCUGACCAGUGGCUUGUUUGCUGUUACUAACUCUAACACCUCACCAGUUCCAAGACCUUCAUCUGCUAGUAGUGGCUUUGUGGACAGCAGUGAGGGCAGUACUACAAGUGGCCAUUGGAAUUUUGGAGGACCUUCUGACUUUAAUCCAAGGCGUCGACUGUCCCUUUCCCAGGAGCAUAUCACUGAUACAGGAAGUAUUUUGCCUUCUGCAAACAGCACUCCCACCUCUACACCAGAGCUGAGCAGGCGACAGGGCCUGCUGCGUUGCCGUUCACAGCCUUGUGUGUUGAAUGAAAGAAAAACUGGAUUGAAACGUAGACGAGAAGAUGAUGUACGGUGGAGUCGUCCAUCAUUGGAUUUUCUUAAAAUGACAAGGACUUUAAAAAAUUCAAAAAGCCUUGGAUCUCUCAACUAUGAAGAUGAUGAGGAUGAUGAUCCUCAAAUGAAGACUAUUGUGUCUUCACCAUGUGACUCAAACGACCUAAUGAGCAUAAUCACCCCUGGCUCUAGCCCUCUUAAAGAGACACUGGAUAUAAUGCAGCAUCAUCCUGGUCCUCACAGAGAUGGCAGCAGUGGUGGAUGCUCUCAGUUAACUGCAGCAGUGAGUGAAAGUGACGAGGACACUAGUGACUGUGAAAGCACUGAAGAAAUAUUUUCUUUAGACUGUGCAGACUUGGAUUUAGAGCAAAUAGAGAGAAACUGAAAGUUUGUCCGUUCCAUUUUAGAAGUUUGUUUUUCUAAGUUCCACUUGGUAGAAAACUACCUUUUGCAUUGUAUGAUGACCACAAUAACUUUUUUUAUUGGCGAUUUUUGAGCCUGCUUUAAGUAAACAUUUUUUUUUUCUCUGAGUGAAAAAUUAUUCAGGAUGUUAGAAAUAUAUUACAUGCACAAAACCUAGGAACAAGAAGUUGAAUAUUUUGGUCAAUGCAGUUUUUGAUUAAACAGAUUUUAUUAACCAAUAUUUUGAAUUGUGCAACUUUUACAGUUCUGGAAUACACUGGUCUGUAUUUUGAAAUAGUUUAAAAGGGGCAUUUAUUCUGUAUUAAACUACAUUUAAGCUGAUAUUGGUAUUGGUGCGGGUAUAAUGCUGCUUAUGUUACAGAAGUCAGUGUUUGUAAAUGAAUUCUGUUGUCAAACCAGAAAUAGUCCAGCAGGAGUGUCUUGACAACCUGUCUAAAACAUUUAGUAGCUGUCUUCAAAUCUGUGGGCAAUUGUGUAUAUUAAGAAAAAGAAAAGUUGAGUAUUUUCAUGUAUUUUUUCACUUGAAGCUUUCUCAAGAUACAGUUAUGGCCAUAAAGUUUUGGAAUUUGGAGAGGCAUUUGUCUACUUGAAUAUUUAUAUAGUUGCAGCAGGACACAGAGUGAGUUAGACUGGAAUUACUGAGUCAUUUCACACUUUCCUGCUCAUUGUUACAUGGUUGUAAAGAAUGUUCAAUAGCACUUGAGUUGUGGACCAUGACCUAUUGAUCAGUUCCACAGGGAAUGAACUUUCUUCAGCAAUACUAAAAGGAAUUUAGUCCUUGAAUCUAAUAAAAUUGUAUUUUUUUGCUUUA